AUGCAGGUGCAGACGGGAGGAAACACAGGCUGUUUAGAAAAGCUGAGAAUGAACACAAAUAGCGCGAGUCUGGGGUUCUGUGGUGCUGUGUUCAUCAUGGUGAAGGGCGCUGUGGGUGCAGGACUCCUCAACUUUCCCUGGGCUUUCUCCCGAGCUGGAGGAGUUUACGCUGGAGUCACAGUGCAGAUGUUUUGUCUCGUAUUCCUCGUUAGUGGACUGAUUAUCCUGGGCUACUCCUCCUCCAUCAGUGGCCAGAGCACAUACCAAGGUGUGAUGGGACACAUUUGUGGGCCUGCUAUAGGCAAACUGUGUGGGAUCUGCUACGUCUUUGAGGUCUUCAUGAUCUGUGUGGCUCAACUGGUUUUAUUGGCAGACCAGCUUAAAAAAUUGAGUCCUUCCAUAUAUGAGCUGAUCACAGGUUCAACUGGGAAUGAGAUGCCUUAUCAUUGGUACACAGACCAGAGGUUUACGCUUUUCCUCAUGUGUGUCUUUGUCAUUUUUCCUCUCUCAAUUCCUAAAGAGAUUGGGAUACAGAAGUAUAUCAGUGCAUUCGGCACUUUAGCUGCCAUCUGUUCGACUGUAGCUAUUGUUGUAAGAUAUUACACAAGAACACUCCCCGAGGGCCACCUGUCCCCUUCAUACAAGAGUGGGAUGGGCUUCUGGGCUUCCAUGUUCAGUGUCCUCCCCACAAUCUGCUUUGGCUAUCAGUGUCAUGAGUACUGCAUUCUCAUCUACAGCAGUUUGGAGAAUAAGAAGCUCUCUUACUGGGCCAGAAUCUCAUUAGUGUCUCUGUUCAUUUGCUUUGUUAUCUACACUCUAACUGGUAUCUAUGGGUAUCUCACCUUUGGGAUGAAUGUUGCUGCUGAUGUUCUCAUGUCAUACAGUGAAGCUGAUGUCUUUAUGCUCAUUGCAAGGUUACUCUAUGGGAUCUCAGUUAUAACCAGCUACCCCAUUGCUCUUGUAUUUGGAAGGUUGGGAAUUCAGGAUCCAUUACUGCAGGACAAAGAGAUUGAGUCCUAUGAAACCUACAUCAGAGUUUUCUUGACUGCGGUGUGGAUCGUGUUCAGUCUCCUCAUUGCUCUGUUUAUACCAGGCAUUGACAAAUGCAUCAGCAUUAUUGGUAGCAUUAGUACAUUCUUCAUCUUUGUCUUCCCAGGGCUUUGUUUAAUAUUUGCCAUGCAAUCUCAGCUGAUGUCAGCAAGACUAAGGUGGAUUUUAAUUGCAUGGGGAAUGAUCACAAUUUUUUUGGGCAUAUUAAUUUUUGGACAGAGCACUUUCUUUGCUAUUAUGCAGGUCUUUCAUGAGCUAUGA